AUGGAUGAUGGCUCAUUUCCCGACCCCGAAGGCGGUAACGAUUAUAGAUGGGUGACCAUUCUCACCGCGGGGGCAGUGAUUGCUGCGUCCCUUCAUCUCCGGAUCAACAUACAAGGGAGGAAGCUUAUGCCGAGCGACUACUUUCUAUGCCUUGCCUGGUGCUCCGCGGUAGCCACAGCCUCAUUCGAUAUCCAGUUUACGGUCAUGGGGGCUUUGAAGCAAAAUAUCAAAAUCACCCUAGAUGGUUAUGACGGCAGUGAUGAGGAUGUGAUCAAGGUUAUGAGGUUAUUUUGGGCGAGCAGUAUACCGUUCUUCACGACAUUUUACCUGUGCAAGGGGGCGCUCCUUGCCGUCUACGUCCAACUUUUCCCUGUGUUCAUGUAUUGGCGCAGAAUGUUGCUGUGGAUCGUCAUUGUCUACACAGGGCUGGCCUACUUGACUAGCAUGUUGUUGCUUUUCACAAUCUGCUUGCCUCUCAGCAAGAACUGGGCUGUUGAGGAUAGGGUAGUCGGAACAGAAAAUGUGAUGUGCUCGGCUUCUUCUCCGGCAAUCGUGUUCCAAGUCGGAUGGGCAUUACAUUUCUUCGGGGAUAUUCUCGUGUUCUCAAUCCCGUGGCUGAUCAUUCCCGACCUGAAGAUCAGAAAAGCGCUCAAAAUAGGCGUUUAUUGCACGUUCGGGCUUGGCAUCAUCAACAUGACCUUCUCCUUAGUGAGGUUCAUCACUAUCCAAACAGCUUCUGUGGAUUACUUGCCUUUUGGCCUAGUUGAACUUUGGAGCGAAUUAGAUGUCAAUAUCGGUUUACUCGUUGCAAGCCUACCGUCUCUCAGACCGUACUUCCGAUCCAGCCGCAGAGCUGGCUACUCCGACAAGUCCAACGGUUACAAUUACAAGUCAACAGUCAAAACACCAAUGAGAGCGUCCGAAAUGACUGGAUUCGACAUCAUGACGUUGCCAACAAUUGAAGAGCAAGAUCUCGAGGACGUUGCUCCGAGCUCAUCGACCCGAUCGCAAAAGUCUGGAGUCGAAGUAUAG